CGGAAAUGCUUCGUAUAAUUAUAAUACCAUCCAUACGAAUACUCCAAACAACUUUGAUGUGAAGUUGGCAAUUGGCACGAUCCCGACCUAUGUGUUAAUAAAAACAGAGCCUCAUACGGAAAUACGGAGCCUGUAUACGGAUACGUAUACGGAAAUCCGUAUACGGAGCCUGUAUACGGAUAAUGAUGAAACAACGUUUAGUGGAGAACAAAAGAUGAUAAACUCUUCAUUGAAAAAUACAAAGACAGAAGAAACAAAAACAGCCAGAAAAAGGUCAAUUACUAUAAAGUCUAAAGCUAUAAAGAAUCCCGGUUUCAUUAAAAAUACCGAAAAAUAUAAAAAUCCAUUUGAUUAUUCCGACCAUUUGAAGAAUUCAAAAGAGCCACCAAUGACAGAAGAAGAGCGGCAAAAUAUAAAAAAAUUUGUAUGGGAGUGUAAAGUUUGUUGUAAAGAACAUGAGAGCAAAGAGAGUUUACUUGAACACUACGAAAUGCAUAAAACAAUAGCAGAACAUUUAGAGGAUUGUAGUGAAGAUCAAGCAGAUAAAUACGUAUUUUUGGAUACAGAUGACGAAAAAGUUACUUGUGACCUGUGUUUGGCGACUUUAAAAAAUAAGGCGACCUAUCAUAUUCACCUUCAACAGCGCCAUAGAUCGAAAGAAAACUACUGUGAAAUAUGCAAGUACAACUUCGCAAAUGAGUUCAGCUUGAGCAUCCACAAUGCCACACACAGUUCUGACCCCUCAACAUUUGUUUGUGUCAUUUGUAAAAGUUUUAGUACUGUAAUUACAGACUCCUUGUUUUUUCAUAUUCGUACAGAACACUUAAAAGAAGAAUUAUACUGUAGUGAAUGUGACACCCAUUUUUUCUCAAACACUUGGCUUGAAGAUCACAAAAUGUUUCAUAAAAUGUAUAAAGAGUUUGAACCGAAGCGUUGCAAAGUUUGUUCUCGCGAAUUUCCAACCACUAAGCAAUUGCUGGUCCACAUACAAGAAAGCCAUAGCGACAACUCUCUCAUCAAAUUCAAAAAAUAUAAAUGUACUGCGUGUGAUUUGACUUUACCAUAUAAAAGGAAUCUGGAUCUACACAUCAAACAUAUCCAUUCCAGCGAGAAGGAGCAAAAAUCUUUCCUUUGCACUGACUGUGGACGUUCAUUUGCUUCUAAAAACCCUUUAACGAAACAUAUGAACAUACACAAAGAAGGACAGUAUGUAUGUUCUUUUUGCAACAAAAAAUUUAAACAGAAAACGUACUUGACAAUUCAUCUUCGAACUCACACUGGUGAAAAACCACAUAAGUGUCAUUUAUGUGAAAAAUCGUUCGCCCAAAGAUCACCCCUCACUGUCCACCUACGACAGCAUACCGGAGAACGUCCUUACUCCUGCAGGAAGUGCCAAAAAGGUUGUUUUACUAAAACUAUUAGAGACAAGCAUGAAAAAUCUUGUAAGAAAUAGUUUUAUAGGAGUUUUACAUUUUAUAAGUAUUUUUGAAUAAAUGUAUUAAUUAAU